AGAAGAAAAAGACAAUGAUCUAUGACUUUGACUUGACAUAACCCUACCAAUUUUUUAUCAGCCAUAAAAUUAUUCUUGAAUAAUUUGAAUUUCUACCAAAUUGAUGAGUAUAUAUAAUGAUUUCCACUAAUUUUAUAUCCAAAGUGUUCAACGCAGGAAGAUUAUUCACUCUACACAACUAUUUUUAUAUUCCCUUAGCAGGGGUUAAAACGAAGGAUGCCAUUGAAUUACCCGAAAAACCAAAAAAACCCAUGACCUCGUUCUUUAGAUUUGUUCAGGAACAUAAACCUGUUCUGCUCAAAGAACAGCCUCAAUUGAAGCUGACAGAAAUAGUCAAACAAUGUGCGCAAGAUUGGAAAAAUAUUCAUCCAACUAUCAAAGAAAGAUACGAUAAUGAAUAUAAGGCAGAAAUGGAAAGUUAUGCCAAAAAACACUUAGAUUAUUCAAUGAAAUUAACAGAUGAACAGAAAGAAUACUUAAAGUUAUUGAAUCGAGAAAAAACACAGAGUACCAAAAAGAGGAGGUUGAGGAAGAAACUUAAGGAUAUGAAAAAACCUAAAAAACCCCCAGGUCCAUUCCUUCUGUACUUAAUAGAACAAUCAAACAUACAGGGGCGGAAAAUUAAUGAAAUGAUGAAGGAAUUGAAAGGAACCUGGCAUCUUUUAGAUGAAUCUGUGAAAAUGUCAUAUGUUAAGAAGAAUGAAGAACUCAUGAUAAAAUACAAGGAAGACCUGGAAAACUGGGAAACCCUCAUGAUACAAGAGGGACACCCAGAUUUAGUACGAAGUAAAUUCCUGAAAGAUGAACGGCCAUUUACUGCAAGAAAAAAAUCAGUUUCUGAAAAGGACAAAAGCGAAUCUCAGACAUCUGAUGAGAAAAACAUCAGAAACAAAUAGGAAUUUAGUGUCUUCGCCCAACAAAUUCCGCCAGUGGGUGAAGAUAAACUGUUUCAUAUUGAAACUGAUUAUUUGAAUGAGAAUACCUCUAAGGAGAAGGGGAAAAAUAUUAGUCUUGAUGAUUCUCAUAUUAUUUCAAGUAAUUCUGUUUCCUCGGAUGUGAAGGCGGAAAAUCCUCCAAAGAAAUUUGAAGAAAACGCUGACAGAAAAGGGUUUUUUAAAAAGUUCAAAUCUAUUUUUAAGAAAUGAGGAUGCUAUUUUUGCUUUGGAUUCGAUAGUAUUAUGCUUAUUUUGUUAUUGCCUUAUUUUUGAUUAAACUUUUCAUCUCUU